AUGGCGACCGGUGGUGCAGGUGAUGUGGUAGCUCUAAAUCAACUUGUUGAGAAAAAAGGAGGAAAGAGCCAUGUGUGGAAAUAUUUUGAAUUUGCGGCUGAUGACAAGGGGAAUAUCAUUGAUAAUCAAAAACCCAUUUGCAAACGAUGUCGCCGAAGUUUUCUCUCAAAAGGAGGAAACACAUCAAACUUAAUAAAACACCUCAAAGACCGACACCCGGAUCUGACGAAAGAGUUCAAGCAGCUGCAAGCUGAGGAAGACCAUGGAACACCCCCGCAAACUCAUAAACAGGCAACAGUUAAAGAAGCUUUUCAGUGGCAACAAAAAUAUGACAAAAACUCACCUGAGGCAAGAAAGCUGAACCUAGCUGUUGCUGAAUUCAUAUGUAUUGAUAAAGUGCCGAUUUAUACAGUUCAAAAAUGUGGAUUCCAACAAAUGCUCCAUCAUUUCAACCCAAAAUACCAGCUUCCAAGUCGAAACUUUUUUAUGUACACUGAGAUUCCCCGCAUGUACAAUGACACCAGAGAUCUCAUAAUCCAGCAUCUCAGUGACAAAUCAUUUUACAGCUGCACAACAGAUCUUUGGACAAGUAGAACUGCAGACACUUUCAUGUCUUUAAUACUGCAGUACAUUACUAAAUCAUGGGAAUCGCAAUCCUGGUGUCUUGGCUGUUGUGGUCUCAACACAGACCACACUGCUGAAAGUUUGAAGGAGGCCUUUGAUAAAAAACUUGAAGACUGGAUGUUGGACAUUGCAAGAAUGUCAGGCAUCACAACAGACAGUGCCUCAAAUAACAAAAAACCUUUGAGGACUACACCUGGAUUCCUUGUUUUGGAUAAUCCACCUUGUUGUAAAUAA